UGAGCUUUAACAACUUAACGGGUCGAAUACCAGAUUCCAUGAAAAACCUGAAUUUUACUAAGAUGUUUCUCACGAGAAAUAUGCUUAGUGGCACACUACCUCCCUGGCUUCCUCAUAAAAUUGAGGACAAGGCGGACUUGUCAUAUAAUGAUUUUGAAAUUCCAAUUGAUGGUCCGAAGAAAGGAGAAGGAAAGCUGAACAUCAGUCUACCAACCAGGAAUUCUGUACGCGAGUUGAAAGAUAAAUGUGGGGGAAAUCCAAAGUACGAUUCCAUAUAUAUAAAUUGUGGAGGAGGAGACACAGUUAUUGAUGGGAAAGUGUUCGAAGCAGACGAUUCAACAUCAAAUUACUAUAUAGCACCAAAAGAAAAUUGGGCUUAUUCUUGUUCUGGAGACUUUGGUUCGGAAAAUAACGGUUCCAGUCAUUACAUAAAAAACGGAAUUUGUGGUUCUGCUGAGACACAGUUAUACAAUUCAAGUCGCCUCUGCCCUCUUUCUCUGACAUAUUAUGGCUUCUGUUUAUUUAAAGGAAAUUACACUGUGACACUUUACUUCGCUGAAACUGUUUACCAAAGUGAUGAAGAUUAUUCGAAUUUAGGGAAACGUGUUUUUGAUGUAUAUAUACAGGGGCAGAGAGAACUAAAAGACUUCAACAUAAAAGAAAUGGCCAACAGCACCAGUAAGACAUGGACUGAAAGUUUCACAGCAUAUGUAGGAGAUGAUCAUCUAUUGAAUAUCCACUUUUUCUGGGCUGGAAAAGGAUCUUUCCAGGUGCCAGGUCUUUCCUAUUUAAGUACUGCUGCCCUGUCUCUGAAUGGACCCCUUGUGUCAGGCAUUUCCGUAACUGCAAACUUCAAAGUUGGCACGGGACUAUCUCCUUCACAAAUUGCAGGGAUUACUGCAGGUUCAGUAUUUGCUCCUCUACUUCUGUUGGCUUUCAUGUGGAAAAUGGGCUGGCUCCGGAAAAGCGAGAUGGAUGAUAUAAAUAUAGAGGCCCAAGGAAAAUCUUUCACCCUCAAACAAAUCAAUAACUUAAUAUCAAUAAUCUUGAUUUCAAGAGGUUUGAGGUAUUUACAUGAAGAGAAAAGGUUCAAGAUUGUUCAUGGAAACAUAAAACCUAGUAAUAUUAUGCUUGAUAACUCUCUUACGGCCAAGUUGUCUGACUUUGGAUUGGCAACGCUUUGUGAUGAGGAAGAUCCAUUUAUGACCAUCAAAGCAAAAGGGUCGCGAGUUUACAUGGCACCUGAGUAUUCAAUGGGAAAAGCAAUAACUGUUAAAGCUGAUGUUUACAGUUUCGGAGUUGUCCUACUCGAAAUAGUUAGCAGGAAAGUUAGUGCAAAUUCCACAGCUGGUAGAACACCAUAUUCACACCAUAAACUAUAUAAAAUAUAUAGAUCAAACGAAACAGUAUAA